AUGGCGGCCAAGGGCUUCGCGAAGGAUGCAGCCUCGAACGAGUUUAUCCACCGAUUGAGCAUAUCCCAUGGUACACUAGAGCCCUACGCGAACAUUGACGACGCAAUCCUGAGAGCCAAUGGCCAUGAUCAAGUCUUGAAGCGCCAAUUUAGCUGGGUUUCAGCUUUAGGCCUCUCUUUUUCUAUCACCAACUCUUGGAUCGGUUAUCUUAGCAAUUUCGGUCAGAAUCUCGUCUAUGGUGGGCCGCAAUCGUGUAUAUUUGGGCUCCUCGUCGCCUUUGCCGCUCAGCUUGUCAUGACUCUUGGUCUGGUACUUCCUGUGAUUUCUGCCUCUCAAAAGAUCACCUUCACAGUUCAGCUUUCGUUGUACAGUUCAGUUUUGGGCUUUCUGGUGCUCUUAUUCGUAGCCAUCGCUUUGCAUAAACACAGCCAACCUGCAUCUUUCCUGACUCAAUCGGGUCUAGGAUCAAGUGGAUGGUCUGCAGAGAUAGCAUGGACCUUGGGUAUCGCGAAUGCAAUGUACGCCUUUGGGGGGACGGAUGGUGUUAUUCACAUUAGCGAGGAAAUGCCGCAUCCCGGUCGCCGAGUCCCACAGGUCAUGAUGCUGACAAUGAUCAUCGGUAUGGCCACAGCCUUCCCUCUGUUCUUGUCUCUCAUGUUCUACAUGGAAGACUUUUCGGCAGUUAUUUCAUCUCGUUUGCCUAGUUUGGAGUUGAUAAACCAGGUGACCGGCAACGACAAGGUCACUUUGUCUCUAUUCGCUUAUAUCCUCUUCGUUUACCUGGUAUGUCUUCCAUCACAAUGGGUCACCAGUGGUCGUCUAGCCUGGGCAUUUGCUCGCGAUGUAGAGAGGAGUACCCUUUUCGAGCUACUUCGCAAAUGUUGA